UUUAAGGCAGACCAUGAGCACAUCCUCACCAACUAUGACUUCCAACCUGGCACCCUGGUCCUCAUUUGUAAUACUCAGAUUGAGAAGGAACUUGACCAAAAAUCAGAGCCCCAAUUUCUUGGUCCCAUGGUUGUUGUCACACAGACUGCUAGAGGCAGUUAG